UUUACAGGCCACGCCCCCAGCCUUUAAAAGGGACCGCGCACGCCGCUUGUUCUGCGGCAGAAGCUAUUCUCAACAGGGCAGGGAGGUGCUGUGCGAGAUGGCAACUCAAGUGGCGAUCGCAAACUCCUCUCUUGGGGUCUCCAUGCAGUCUCCUGUCCAACAGCCCUGCAAGGUGUCCAUCGAUGAUGUCUUUGUGGCCACUUCACCCAGCGUUGGAAACCACCACCCACAACCAGCGGAAGGAGGAGAUUCGCCAGCGGCAGAGAUGUUCCGGUCCAAAGCGGCCCCUUCUGUAGGACUAUGGACCUCAAAGAGAGAUGGGGAAGUCCUGCUGAGGAUGGACGAAAGCGGGAUCGGGUGCGAGACCCCCAUCACGGUUCACGAACUUCUUCUGAACUCCGUCAGUCAGUUUGGUGACUAUCCUGCCCUUUCUUCCAAGAAGGAUGGCAAGUGGACCAAAAUCACUUUCAAGCAGUACUACCAGGAGUGCCGCGGAGCCGCCAAGAGCUUUAUAAAGUUGGGCCUGGAACGCUUCCAUGGGGUUGGAAUCCUGGGAUUCAAUUCCGCCGAAUGGUUCAUAGCGGACAUCGGAGCGAUUCUGGCUGGAGGUUUCGCUGUUGGCAUUUACACAACCAACUCCCCGGAGGCCUGCCAGUACGUCGCAGAGAACUGCGGAGCCAAUAUCAUCGUGGUGGAGAACGACCGGCAGCUUCAGAAAAUCUUGGAGGUUAAGAGCAAGUUGCCUCUUGUGAAGGCAAUCAUCCAGUAUGGCGAAGAGCUCAAGGAGAAAAGGCCAGAUCUGUACACGUGGAGCGACUUCAUGGCUCUUGGGGCCAGCGUCUCCGAUGACCAGCUCGACAAAAUCAUCGCGUCCCAGAAACCCAACCAAUGCUGCACCCUAAUCUACACCUCGGGGACGACGGGUCAGCCCAAGGGAGUCAUGUUGAGCCACGACAACAUCACCUGGACGGCCCGGGCAGGAGGCGAAUACGUCGGCUUGAGCAAAGCCACCGAGAAUCAGGAGGUGAUAGUCAGCUAUCUGCCUCUCAGCCAUGUGGCUGCGCAGAUGAUCGAUAUCUGGCUACCCAUCACAUUCGGAGUGCAUACUUGCUUUGCGCAACCAGAUGCUUUGAAGGGCACUUUGGUGGAGACCCUCAAGGAAGUGCGGCCCACGGCGUUCCUGGGGGUCCCUCGUGUCUGGGAGAAGAUGCAGGAGAGGAUGAAAGCUGCCGGGCUGAAGUUCUCCGCCUUGAAGAAGCGGAUCGCAGCCUGGGCAAAAGUCGUUGGACUAGAGACCAACCUGAGACGCAUCAACGGACUUAAAACUGGAAGCUCACGACGUUCGGGCGAAGCAAACAGGUCCGAAGACCUCCCUCUGAAUUUCCGCCUGGCCAGGACCUUAGUCUUCAAGAAAGUGCGGAAACAGUUGGGCUUGGACCGUUGCACCAAAUGCUACACAGGAGCCGCUCCCAUCACCAAAGAUACCCUGGAAUAUUUCCUGAGUCUCGACAUCCGCGUUUAUGAGCUCUACGGCAUGAGCGAGAGUUCGGGGCCUCACACGGUUUCGCGCCCGAGUGCAUACAAGCUGGGAAGUUGUGGCAAAGAGCUCACGGGCUGCAAAACGAUGCUCUUCAAGCCGGACAUCGAAGGAGUCGGCGAAGUUUGCUUCGCUGGGCGCCAUGUCUUUAUGGGUUACCUCAACAUGGAAGACAAGACGAAAGAGGCCAUGGAUGACGAGGGCUGGCUGCAUUCGGGGGACCUAGGGAAGCACGACGCAGACGGGUUCCUCUACAUCACGGGAAGAAUCAAAGAGCUAAUCAUCACAGCGGGCGGGGAAAACAUCCCUCCGGUCCCUAUCGAGGAUGCUAUCAAAGAGGCCGUUCCCAUCCUCAGCAACGUCAUGUUGAUAGGGGACAAGGCCAAAUUCCUCGUGAUGCUCAUGACUCUGAAGUGCAUGGUGAACUUGGAAACCGGAGACCCGGAGGACGCUCUGACGCCUCAAGCCAUCGAGUUCUGCCACAAACUGGGCAGCAAGGCCACCAAAGUGUCCGACAUUGUGAACAACAAAGACCCGGCUGUGUACGCCGCCAUUCAGAAAGGGGUCACGUCCGUCAACGACCGAGCCACUUCGAACGCUCAGAAAAUCCAAAAGUGGAUGCUUCUAGAAAGGGACUUCUCCAUCUCUGGCGGAGAACUGGGCCCCACGAUGAAACUAAAGAGGCCCGUGGUCGCCAAGAUGUACAAACAGCAAAUAGACCAGCUUUACGCGGAGUAACCGAGCACCUAAUGAUCGCCGGAGGAAUGCAUAACCCGCCCGGCCUGCCUCUAUCAGAAG